AUGUCAUCAUGGGAAAUCAGCCAAAUCAGAUCUACGUCCGCGUCAGAAUUUGAUGAUAGUAGCAUCUACACACCUACUACAACCACCGAAAACGUUCCUACAGGCCUCGUGGAAGGUCACGACGUGCGUAGUCGAGUCCCCACACAUGGUUCCACCUACAUCAUCCGCGCCGUAUCAUCCGAGAACGUGAUGACACUGCUUGACGGGCAGGUCAUACUUGCCCCAAUCGGCAGUCGUGGGUGCAUCUACUGGACGUGCGUGGAAACCGAAGGCUGGCUCGGAUUCCGAAGUUGCAGUUCGAAGAAGUUUAUAUGCUAUGAUUGGGACGCGAGACUGAAGUGUACGGCAGAACAAAAGGACGGUCAUAGGCAAUUUACUAUUACUCCAGUGCCAAAGGGGGGCUAUAUUAUGCAAAUGCUGGACUGGUGGAGACUUCGUCCUAUAGUGCUCAAUCCUGAAAAUGGGGCACAAAAGCUGGCAAGGACGGGGGAUAUGCUGUCGGAUGGCAUUGUAUGGGAGUUCAUCAAGGCUGAAGAGGGAUCGGCUAUGGGAUAA